GAACAAAUUUAUUCAAUGUGGCUGCUCAUGAAAUUGGUCAUUCUUUGGGAUUGUCGCAUUCUAAUGUGGAAAGUGCAUUGAUGUACUCUUGGUACAAGAAAAUGGACAACGGUUUCGACUACGAACUACCAGAUGAUGAUAAGCAAGCAAUACAGUUUCUGUAUGGUGCUCGAGACAAUCGAAGAAAAUGGGCCAAAAAUCCUAUAUACCGUCCCGUUGUAACAACGACAACCACCACCACCACCACUACCACUACAACAACUACCACUCCUCGUCCUCGCACAAGAGGAUAUAUCCACAGGCCAAAAAUUCCUUAUUAUCCCCAAAAUCCACAUGGUCGUCCUUAUGUUCCUCACAAUCCUCAUGAACGACCUCAUGAGCACUACCCUCACAAACCCAUGUAUCCUAAAAAACAUUACCCAGUACAAACUGGCAGGCAGUAUCCAUACAUACCAAAUAGAAAGGAUACACCGCAUAGGCAUACUCCAGAGAGAAUACCAGACCGAAAGUAUCCAGAUAGAGUAUAUACUACAGUGGUGUCUCCAACUAAACGACCAGAUUACUAUCCUAUAGAUUUUCCAACCAGAAAGCCACCACCAGAUACCUGUGAUACAAGUUACGAUGCUAUAACUGUUAUUAGGCAAGAAGUUUUCAUUUUCAAAGAUGCAUACUUCUGGAGAAUUGGAGCAAAUGGUCUACUACCAGAUUAUCCAGCAUCGAUUCACAGGUUAUGGCAUGGUCUACCACGCAAUUUGACCCACGUAGAUGCUGUCUAUGAACGAAAUGACGGUCGAAUCGUAUUCUUCAUUGGAGACUUGUAUUAUGUGUUCACUACCAAUAGAGUAGACAAUGGUUAUCCCAAGCCUCUUUCUCACCUUGGAAUUUCCAAGGAGAUUAAACAUAUAGAUGGUGCAAUGAUAUGGGGACACAAUGGAAAAACAUAUUUCUAUAGCGGAGACAGGUACUGGAGAUUUGAUGAAGCACUGCAAUAUAUUGAGCUGGACUAUCCCAGGCAUAUAUCAAGAUGGGGAGGUGUUGGCACAGAUAUUGAUGCAGUAUUUCAAUGGAAGGAUGGAAAAACAUAUUUCUUCAAAGGAAAAGGUUUCUGGAAAUUUAAUGAUCUCCAUAUGCGGGUUGAAAACAAAGAACAGACUCUAUCAGCUCCCUUCUGGAUGGGAUGUACAACAAACUUCCGCCAAAAUGAUAAAGAAAAAUCGCCAAGGACUUCAGUUGUACCAAGCAGAGCCAGUAAACAGGACACCCUGUGUACAUUUGUAUUAACUAUUAUUUUUUUAUUUUCAACUCGGGGAUAUGUGAGCAGUGUUAGAAUAUAAAGUGAAUUCAG